GGCGGGGCCGCGCUCAGGGUGGUGCCCUGGUGUCGGAGGCGGGGCCGCGCUCAGGGUGGUGCUCUGGUGUCGGAGGCGGGGCCGCGCUCAGGGUGGUGCUCUGGUGUCGGAGGCGGGGCCGCGCGCUCAGGGUGGUGCUCUGGUGUCGGAGGCGGGGCCGCGCGCUGUUGCCGAGCAGACUGUCGUUGUGUGGGUUGAUCUGUCGGUUUUUGUGGCCUGUCUUGAUCUGUGAGUUUCUGCCUGCCCCGGUCUCUGGUGAAGAUGCCGCCUGUGGAUAAACUGCUGCUGGAGGAGGCGCUGCAGGACAGCCCACAGACACGAUCGUUGCUAAGUGUGUUUGAAGAAGAUGCAGGCACACUAACAGAAUAUACAAACCAGUUGUUGCAGGCCAUGCAGCGGGUGUAUGGUGCUCAGAAUGAAAUGAGUAUAGCAACACUACAGUUGUCCAAACAGCUUCUUGCAUAUGAGAAACAGAAUUUCGCUUUGAGCAAAGGGGACGAUGAAGUGAUUUCUACUCUCCAACGGUUUGCCAGGGUUGUAAAUGAGCUAAAUUCUCUUCAUACAGAACUAGCUAAACAGGUCGCUGACACAAUGAUCUUCCCAAUGAUACAAUUCAGGGAAAGGGAUCUCACAGAAGUAAGCACUUUAAAAGAUUUGUUUCUUCUUGCUAGUAAUGAACAUGAUGCGGCAAUGGCAAAAUACAGCAAACUGCCCAAGAGAAGAGAAAAUGAAAAGUUGAAGGCGGAAGUAGUAGCAGAAGUAGCAACUGCUAGAAGAAGGCAGCAUCAGUCUUCCUUGCAAUACUUUUGUGCCUUAAACGCUCUACAGUAUAGGAAGAGGGUGGCAAUGUUGGAUCCAUUGCUUGGUUUCACACAGGGUCAGAUCAACUUUUUCAAGAUGGGAGUGGAAAUGUUUUCAAAGAAGCUCGAAGAAUUUUUGUCUUCUGUUGCAACCAUGGUUCAAAGUAUCCAAGGGCAACUGGAUGCAGAGGCUGAAAGCAUGAGAUUGGUCCAACAGGAGCUGCUGCUGGCCAAUGAGUCCAUCUAUAUUCCUGACAGCAACACUACUACAUCAAAACCAGCUAACAGAAACCUCCUUCAAAAGGCUGGCUACCUGAAUAUUCGAAAUAAAACAGGCCUGGUGUCUACAUCCUGGGAACGGUUAUAUUUUUUUACACAAGGAGGUAACCUGAUGUGCCAGCCACGAGGAGCAGUAGCUGGUGGACUGAUCAUGGACCUGGAUAAUUGCUCGGUUAUGGCAGUAGAUUGUGAGGACAGAAGAUACUGUUUCCAGAUUACUUCACCUUCAGGAAAAAUGAGCAUUAUCCUUCAAGCAGAAGGCAAGCAGGAAUAUGAAGAGUGGAUUUGCACCAUUAAUAAUAUUUCCAGGCAGAUCUACCUGACUGACAACCCUGAGGCUACUGCAAUCAGACUGAACCAGACAGCAGUGGAAGCAGUAACACCUAUGUCCACAUUUCAGAAAAAACAUGAAAGUCUACGUCCUGAGACAGCCGAACGUGAGUCGACAGAAGCUGUGAGCAGGGACCAAUGUUUGAUAGAUGCCCCAGAAUCUACAGAUCCACUAGUAAUCCCUGGAACCCCGAUUCAGUUUGACCUCUGUUCAACAAGUGAGGACUUUGAUUACAACAAAUCUGUCAGCAGACGGAUAAACCCUUUUGGAGAAUCAGAUCAUGACAAAGCUGCAACUUCGAAGGAUUUGCUUCUGCACCAAGAGUUUACAGUGAGGUUUUUAGGCUCCAUAGAAGCAAGAACUGACCAGAAUAAUGAGUUAAUCUAUGAGACAAUGAGGCAGGUGUUGGCUGCUCGAGCAAUCCAUAAUGUCUUCCGUAUGACAGAAUUUCAGAUGAUAGUCAGCUCCAGGGAACUGAGAUUCAUCGAUCCACAAACUCAGGUUAAAAAAGCAAGUUUUGCCCUCAGCGAUGUGACACUGUACACUACUCAUCAAGAUAACAAGAGGUUAAUUGGGUUUGUGGCGCGAGCUUCUGAUUUGCAAGCAGAGCGCAAAACAUUGCUGAAUUGCUGUAUCUUUGAGACAAAUGAUGAUGGAGUAAAGAUAUGUGCUAUUAUUGAUCUUGCAAGAAAGAUUAAUCAGGCAGAAAAGGACCCAGAAACUUUAGCCUUAUUCAUGAAGUCAUUAAAACUCAGUGCUGAUGGAAAGUUCCUUUUACUUAGUCAGCAGAUGGACAAAGAAGAAGCUGAAGAGGGUUUUGAAUCAGAAGCAUAACAUCUGCUCAGAAUGUUGAAGCAGUCACAACACAGGCAUUAAUCUCCAACAAUUUCUUUGAUUUGCAGUUGUCUUUUCAUUAUGUAAAAAAUGUAUUUCUUCUUUGAAUUUUAGACCAGUAAAGCAAACGGGUGAAUUUGGUAUUGGAUGAAGGAUAUGCUUACUUUGGGAAUGAAGAAUCAGUGUUCGUUUUUGUCCUAGUAAUUCAGGGCUGGUUUACAGGAUAAGCAUAAAACUAUCAAUUACUCAAACUGACAUUUACUAAAUAGAUUGAAGUGCCUAUACUUUGAAAAGCUUAUUCACAAUAGAAUGCAUUGAGGUAUUCUCUUUUUCAAUAAAAGAUUAUAUGUGUUAUAAAAAUGAGGGUAAAGAUUACCACCUUUCAAGACAUCAGGAUGCCACAAUUGCUUUAUGUUCAGAAAUAGACGUAAAGGCGAGAGAGACAGACAUAUCAGGUUGGUGAUAAUUAUCUUCAUUAAGUAUUAUUGCACUACUACCCAAUGUGCACUUCACCUAACUGAAGAAGUAUUGGAGGGGUGAUAAUGUUAUACAGAUGUAUUGGCAUUGUAAAGCUGGAAUUAGUAUUAAUGUGUUCAGUCAACAUUCAAAUAUGUUACAACAUUGCCACAUGGAAAUACAGAAUCAGAAGACUUCACCUGUCUCACUUGCUUCCCCAUAAUUUAGCUAAAACAAUGAGAAAGCACAUUCCUUCCACAACCUGAUUGCCCUUAUUUAUCCCAGUCAUCAAUUGCCAUAUUGAUUUUCUUCCAUUAUAGUUUAUCAGGUGGACUCAAAAAUAUCACUCCCUCCCCAUCAAUCUACCCAUUUAUGAUUCUGACCUUGCCAAAAAUGAUUAAAAUAAUUAGAAGAAUCAUACAGCAUGGAACUAGUCCAAGUUAACCAUGUCCCCCAAACUAAACUCGUCCCACCUGCACGUGUUUGGCCAUAUCCCUCCAAACUUUUACUAUUAAUGUACUUAUCCAA